UUUACACAUGCGCAAUAGGAGUAGGGUUCCCCGCCCCUUUCCGAUUCCGGUGUUAGUUCUGCGCUUGCUCGGAAGCUUCGCGAAAGUUCCUAAUUGAAAGAAGCCGGCGUGUGGGAAAGGAGGAGAAGCCGGGGCUUGUGUUGUGUCACAUAGGGGUUACGCUUCCCGGGGAAGGAGACACUCGGCUUCCAACACUCCGUGCAGGGAUUGUGUGGGCACGGCUCUGCCAUGGCUCUGCUGUGCUACAACCGGGGCUGCGGGCAGCGCUAUGAUCCGGAAAGCAAUAGUGAUGAUUCAUGUACUUAUCACCCCGGUGUGCCUGUGUUUCAUGAUGCUUUAAAGGGAUGGUCGUGCUGUAAGAGACGAACAACUGAUUUUUCAGAUUUUUUAAGUAUUGUGGGAUGUACGAAGGGACUGCACAGUAACGAAAAGCCUCCCGAACCAGUGAAACCCGAAGUCAAAACCACAUCCGAGAAGAAAGAAUUGGCAGACUGUAAACCAAAGUUCAAUGAGCAUAUCAUUCAAGCCCCAAAGCCUAUUGAGUGCAUAAAUAGACCAAGCUCUGACGAGCCGAUGGUAAAGUUGCAGCUGAAGAUUUCUGCGUCCCUGAAGCAAGCACUGGAUAAGCUGAAACUUUCCGAAAAUGAUAAAGCCGUGACAGAAGAAGAUUCCGGUGAAAUAAAAAUUGGAACUUCUUGUAAGAAUGGUGGCUGUUUAAAGACUUUUGCUGGACCACAGAGUAAUGAAGAGGUUUGUCAGUAUCACAAUGGCGUUCCCAUAUUCCAUGAAGGGAUGAAAUAUUGGAGUUGCUGCAGGAGGAAAACCUCAGAUUUCAAUACAUUUUUGUCUCAAGAAGGGUGCACAAAGGGAACCCAUUUAUGGACCAAAAAGGAUGAUGGUAAAAAAGUAGUCCCUUGUAGACACGACUGGCAUCAGACUGGCUCAGGAGUGACUAUAUCAAUCUAUGCAAAGAAUUCCCUGCCAGAGCUCAGCUAUGUGGAAGCCAAUAGCACAAUUGUAAAUAUUCAGGUAGUGUUUGAAGGAGAGAAGACAUUUCAGCAAAAUGUACAGCUCUGGGGGGUGGUUGAUGUUGCAAAAAGUUAUGUCUCUUUGACUGCCACAAAAGUGGAAAUCUUUCUGAAGAAAGCCGAACCAAUGACUUGGGCGCGUCUAGAAUUACCUCAACAAGCCCCUUCCCUGCCCAAACAGAACGAGACCUCAGAAGAACAAAAAUAACUGUCAGAAUGUUCCACGGGUUUGUGACUAGGGACUUCUUUCCAUACGUACACUCUCGCUCUAUUAGAUCUGUAAUCACAUCCCUGACUUUCCUUUUGUACUCUGCUAUAAAGCCGACUUCUCAUCCCGCGCUCUCUCUUUGGGACAGAACACAGAAACAAUCCGCUCAGAACUGCAGGUAACGGACAGGCUGCUCCUCUUGUUGCUCCCGUGUUUUAUUUGGAACCUAUGUGCAUGGGCCCCCGUGCUGCAUCCGUGUUGGUAAAUGACACGCAAGUGGCGCAUGUUGUUUGACAAGAACGCACAGCCAUGCUGAUAUUUGCAACUUUGUGCUUGGUUUGUGAAUGAGCCACUAAAUACCUCCAUCACUGUAAUGUUUCCAUCUAAGUGCCUAGUGGGAUAGGCUGUGUAUAUGUGUGUCAUUACCUUGAUUCCUACAUGUAUAUUUUGCCCCCUAAAUCCCUCUUUAAAAAAAAAAA